CGCGCGCAAGAGCUGACGCUAUUAACAAGCGGAGGAUACGUGAUUAAAUCGGCUACUGGUAAAUAACCCGCUCAAAGGAAAAUAUAAAACACAUAAAACCACAUCGUAAGCAGGGCUAAGGGAUGGAUUUCCCUGUAGAUGUGUUGGUGUCUUGCAGACUGGAGGACUUGGAAGGUCCAGCCCAGAGCUACAUGAACAAACUGCUCUACAGCAACCCAGAUAACACACAAUACUUUACCCUGCCCAGCAUGAGAAAGAUCCAGAUCAGCCCUGCCAGUGUUGGGUUUGUUCCUCUUUAUGGAGCAAAUCUAAAACACAAAGUCCUGGCUCUGUUUGCUCCUGAGGACCAGUUCACAGCUGUGGCAUUGUUCUUAGCUGGCCAGUGGUACACAGUGGAAGAUAUUCUCAGAACGUCAAAUCCUGCAAGAGAAGGCCUUGUGAAGGUGAGGUCUGUGGGGGAGAGGACUGUCUUAUACGUGCUGAACCGUAUCAUUUAUCGGACGAUGGAAAUGGGUUCUAACGAGGUACCAUUCCUGUGCCACGGAGAAGACGUCUUUGCGAAAAUCCUCUGGAAGAAUGGAGAGGCGGUGGGGUUCUACUCCGUCAAAUCUAAAGGUAGCUUGUGUAAUAGCUUUGUGAGCCAGUGCUACCUGCUUCCUGUCAUGGACUCUAUAUUUGUGCGGAAGGAUCACCGUGGUAACGGUCAUGGCUUGCAGAUAUUGGAGGACUUUGUAGACUCCUUUACAGAUGAUGAACUGGGCGUGAAAUACCCUUUAACACCAGCAAUGCAAAGGGUAUGCAGAAAGUACCUGAGCACAUACCCGGCCGAUGUGGACCUGUUGUGGGAGGUGGAAGGAGUUGGAGGUGUCUACCAGAAAGUGAAAGUGGCAAACAAACUUGGCUCCAUGACACUUCAAUGCAAUCACAGCUCAUGGGCAGCAGAAGUAAGCAAAAACGGAAAGGUUGCGGUUAAUGAGGUUGAGAUGACCGAGGAGAGCUACCUGGACAUCACGGAGGAUGUGGUGGUAGUCAACAAACAUCUCAAAGUAGCAGAAAUGAGUGAGUUGCCCAUAUCCACACGCACGCGCAGUACUGAAUGCAGACAAAAGAAAAGGCAGCGGGAAGAACCAGAAGAGAGCACAGUGGAGAACCGACCUGAAAAAAUCAGCAGAGUCAUCGAACCAGACGCAGAGAUAGAACCUGAUGCUGUUGUGCCAGAGACUAAAGAACAUGUGGAUGGAGAAACUGGAGGAGAACAAGAAGGAGCAGCAACAUCGGCCCAGGUGGAGGAGGCUGCAACUAAUGAGGCCCCUGCAGACACAGAAAUUCUGGUGGCAGAAGUCAAUGAAGAAAUUGGUGUCAGUCACAAAGAAGAGAAUGAGAAGUCAGCAGUCACAGCAGAGGAUGCACAGAUCAUGCAAGAGCUCCCUCUAGAGGCUGAUCCUGUCAUCCAAAAUGGCCCAGCUGAAGAGAUAGAGGCAGAGAGAGAAGCACAGGAUGACAUCAUUGGCACCCCUGAAGUUUCUGAAGUAGUGGAGCAAAUUGACCAAGAACUUGUUACUGAGGAGAAACAGGAAGUGUCUCCUCCAGUUGAGGAGGAAGAGGAAGUUCAGCAGGACCAGGAAGAGGAAGUAGCUCCUGCAGUUGAGGAUGUAGCUUCAGCAGUUGAGGAAACUGAAGACACUGAUCAUUCACAAGCUGUUCCUGAGGCGCCAGUCAUUCCAGCCAACCAGGUUGAGUGUGUUUCCUCUGUGCAGGACAGUGAUACAGUAGAGGGACCACCUGCUCCUGAGCUAGAAGCUCCACACGAGGAGACGUCUCCUAGUGCAGCAGUUGAAGAAGACGUCAUUAUAGAGACAGAGGAGCCAGCUGUGAACCAACAAGAUGAGACUGCCUCCGAUGAGACACUUGAGACCGAGGAAAGCCCACCUGCAGUGGAGCACUCUGAAAAAGAGGAGCCAGAUGUAAAUAAUUUACCUCAGACGGAUGAAAAAAAUAAACAGAAAAAAGAGGAGGACACUGCCACCACUGAAGAUGAUGAUGAUGAGGGGAAAAGCUCAGAUGAAAUUCAAGAUUCUCCUCCAGGCGUUCGAAUUCUUCGAGGAGGCAGGAUCAAACCUGUCCUGCCAACACCCAAGCACACAUCCAGAAGACUGAGCAAAGCUGUUGUUAUACAGGUGUUUGAUGAAGAGGAAAACUUCACGAGCACUGAAGAGGAGAAGUGGAGCACAGAGGAAGAUGAAGCUGCUGAACACAAUUCCGGAGAAGAGGAGGACCCUCCGGUGAUUGACAGGAGAGUGUUGCGGAGGAAAACCAAAGUGAUCCAGUCCACACCCACUAAAGCACAAAGACGCAGUAAAAAAUGAUUACAUUAAUUCUCCACGACACUACAUUGUCUACAUUCAAAACACAUAGUACGUAAGUUAGUAAGUACUACUUAGUACACACUUAUAUACCAAAAUCUUUACUAGAGAGAAUUCAAAUGUCUUUUAUACUUGGGUAACAGGCAUUGUAUACAACAUCUAGUUUUUGGUUUUGUUUUGUGACUAAAAGAGAAAAUUAAAACGGGAUGUAUUUGAUGUUAA